AAGCAUGCUAUGUUUCAUUUUCAGGCUAAACACUAACAAAUCAAUGAUGGAGUUUUUUCUUUAGAAUUUUCUUUUUUUUUUAUCUCUGCUUGCUGUUGCACUUUCGCUGAACAUACAUUCAGUUUGGCAAAGUCCAUGCAACAGUACUUGCAGAACAAGCGAUAAAUUGCCAUUUUUUUUGUAAAUCACAAAAUUUUGAAGGACUUAAAAAGACCAACAGACUGUGGUGCUUAAGGGCAGACGUGUUUACGGUAAAGAUGCUUCUGUAUUUGACCUAAGAUGUGAAUGCUGUCAUGCUGUUGAUGCAGUUAUUUAGUUUUGUCAAUGAAUGCCCCGAGCUCUUUAAUACACGCCUUAUGAAUGUAUGAUAACGCAUCAUCCGGCUGAGGUUUGUUUCAAAUACUGUCAUGCUGUAAAGCUCAUAGAGUAUCUCUAGGGCAUUCAGAAAUGUAUAUGUAACAGCAACUUUAUUCUACUUUGUAUCACUUACCAAUUCUGUAAAAAAAAAAAAAAAAAACAUGAUUCCUGAAUAAUAAUAACAGACAGCAGUAAAAAUGCAUUUUCUGUUCAAAUACUUUCUUGGUUCAUUAAAUAUAACUGACUGCUAAUUCAUUACAAGUUUAUUUACAGAUUUAACUGCUCUCUGGAUUUUCUGUCAAUUAUUGACUCGUGUAUUGAGGCUUAAUGUGUUUGUCUGUGUACAGUUCUUGUAGAGUUGUACCUUUCCACUGCGUACUCAGUGUAACACUACUCGCUCACCGCGCUGACGCUUCAGCAGAUAUCACUUGUGGGAUGUUUGGACAGUCUUUAUUGUGCUUGUCGUGUGCUCAGGAGGGACAUUUUAAACCGAUGCCCGUGAGGUGGGAGGAGCGGCCACUUGGAUGAUCAUACAAACUCUUUGUGUCAUCGCUGCAGUGUGAGGAUGCAGAGAGCAGGACAAAUGUGAGGGGAGAUGCUGGACAUGUGAGAUUUGACCUUUGCAAAGAGCUAAGCUGUGAAACACUUUCAUAGCUUUAAUUACUCAUGGUGUGGACAUUGAUACUGACUAGAUCAGGAGGACGUUUUUUCUUCCACUGCACCCGUCAAUAAGAUAUUAUUGGUCAAACAGAAAAUGACCACCAAUCCGUAUCUGGACUCAGGUCCUAGUUUUAUUCACGAAGAAGACGAGAGGAAACUUCCUCAACCCAGCCGAUCAGAAGUUAAGCCUCAGUAUGUUCAUCAAGUAGCCUCGAAACCCCCACCGGAGAUCAGCAGCUCCGUUCCCAAACGCAAAGGUGUGAAACAGAGGUGUGUUAAGUUCACUGUGGCGGCUGUGAUCUGCCUGCUGCUCCUCCUGCUGGUGGCUGGGAUCCUCCUCGCUUAUUACUUCUCCUCGUCCUGUGUGCAUGGUAGGCAGUGUGGUGAUGGAGGCUGUGUGUGGGAGUCCCAGUGGUGUGACGGAGUGACAGACUGCCCUGCAGGCCAGGAUGAAACUAACUGUGUGAGGCUGCAUGGAUCCAGUUUCCUGCUGCAGGUCUACUCGACUCAGAGUAAAACCUGGAGGACGGUUUGUUCUCACGGCUGGACCGAUCAGCAGGGCAGAGCGAGCUGCCAGCAAGUUGGAUACAGCAGCGGCACAUAUUUUAAAUCCGGCCAACAGAUGACUGAUUCUGACGACGGAUUCUUAAUAGUGAAGUCCCACUUUAACCCGGAGGCAUCAAUACUGCAACAGCUUGUGCUCAGCGAUACAUGUCCCAGCAACAGUGUGGUGGCAUUGCAUUGCACUGAUUGUGGGAGAGGGGUGAACUCCAGUAGGGCCUCUGGGGGCCAGAUGGCCUCCUCAGGGGCCUGGCCCUGGCAGGUCAGCUUGCAGGUUGCAGGCUCCCAUCGCUGUGGAGGAGCUGUCAUCUCCCCCUACUGGAUAGUCACUGCAGCACACUGUGUGGCCAGGGCCUCCAGUCCUGGAGACUGGGCAGUGUAUGUUGGGAUACUGGAUCCUUCAGACUCUCUGUUUAACCCUGCGUACUCUGUGAGCCGCAUUAUAGCCCAUGAAGGCUUCAACAGUGUCACUCGCAUGAAUGACAUCGCUCUGAUGAGGCUCUCUAAGCCUCUGGACAUCACAGCCUCCAGUAAUAUUGGACCUGUGUGCCUCCCAAAUGUUGGUUUAAACAUCACUGCACCUCAGAAAGGCUGGAUAACACAGUUUGGUUUCACGGUAAAUGGAGACUCUGGCCCUCUGCAGCUGAUGGAGGCUCAGGUGUCUCUCAUUGAGACUGCAGACUGCAACAGCUCCAUCGCUUACAAUGGCCGGAUAUCACAGGACAUGUUAUGUGCCAGAGAGACGGAGGCAGUAGCUGACAAGUGCCACACUGACAGCGGCGGGCCACUGGUGUCUCUGUCGGACGGAGUAUGGUGGCUCACUGGGGACAGUAUUUGGAGGGGACACUGCACUGAGCAGAACAGACCAGGUGUUUAUGGAAACGUCACAUAUUUUCUGGACUGGAUCUACCAUCAGAUGAGGAAGCAUCAAGAUGACCAAAGAUGAACCACCUGAAAUGUAUGUUACCAUUUUUUAAAGGUCCAGUAAGUGUGUAGGAUUUAGAUGGACAUAUUGUUUUCAUUAGUUUAUAAUUACCUGAAAAUAAGAAUUACUUGUUUUCGUGAACUUAGAAUAUCUUCAUAAUUUUUCUCAAAUGAACUUAAAAAGCU